ACAGGUGGCAGCCUUGAUGAACCAAGGUGAUAGCUGGCAGUGGCACGCAGUACCGCACUACACGGCCUGUACCAGUACCGCAGUACACGGCCUGCACCAGUACCGCACUACACGGCCUUCACCAGUAGCGCACUACACGCCCUGAUAGUAACACAUGUACGGCUACGACCACAGCCUCUGCGAAUAUCAACCUUACAAGUAAAUAAGAAGGUGUCUGCAAAUGUUCCUGAUCAGCCAGACCAACAGACAUCCUUUUCUCAGAGCGGGGUACAGAGAGUGGUGAAAUGAGACGGAAUGGUCAAGAAAGAGAAGAGCGUGGUCAAUACAAAGAAAAUGCAAAAACCAGGGGAAGAGAAGCAGGAGCGGGAGACACAUUUGUCUUCCAUAGAGGAAGAGGAGGAGCAGCAGGGAAAACUCUUUCACAAAGAGAAAGGUAUUCCCGAGAAAGAGGAAAUGGUAACCAUUGGCGUCAAAGGGGGUCACAGAGCGAAGACGACUUGAGUGCCGCAGAUAACAGAAAUACUCAAUCACUGGAAAGAUAUGACCAGAAAUCUAACAGAAGGAAGCGAGAAAAUCCCAUUGGAUAUAAAGCUUUAGAAAAUAUGCUUAGUCUUUACCCUGAUGAGGUGGUGAUGAAACUACAGAUGGAAAAUUCAGGAUAUUAUUUGCUAAUUCAUGAUGUGGCAAGUGUCAGUUUGGAUAAAAUAUGCCUAUUAAUGAGAGUAUUGUCUCAUGCAUCCGAGACCAGGUCAAACCGUGAAAACUUAUAUAACCUGCUUAGCAAAACCUUUAAACCUACGUUCAUCUCUCAGCUUAUAGAAUUUUCUAUCAAGUUUAGUUUGCAACCAGAUAAUGAAACUAGAAAUACAUUUUUUGAUGAGCUGAGUAAAAUUGUUCAUGUUUAUGUAAAUGUUAUGCCCAACCGCGCUGUUGACAAUAUCUACGUUUUGUUAGAAACUUGUAUAAUGGUUUUGCAAAAAAUUCUGGCUUCAUCUCAACACAUAAUUUCUGUUUUAAAUAAAAUUCAAGAAACAAAAGCACUCCUUGAAGAACACAAGCAAAAGCUGCAAGAAUCAGGACAUGUACAGCGCAAGGGAAAACACAAAGACAGAUGGGAAGAUCACCUGCCACCUCCCGAUGAUUUCCGAGAAGUGUCAGUCUUGCCCACAACACAAGAUCUUAACGACGUGGAGAAUCCAUUUCUUCGUAGGAAUAUUGUUGAAGGGAAAUACUUGGAUGUUAAUCACUACCUGGAUGUACAAUUUCGAUUGCUAAGAGAAGACUUUGUAAGACCUCUUCGAGAUGGCAUAAGAGCAUUUAGAAGCAACGUACGCUCUCAGAACAGAGACAUCUGGAUCUACAGAGAUGUGAGAAUUAUUGGAGCUGACAUACAGAGUUAUGAGAUGAUACAUCAUAUACAGCUAAAUCUACCAGAAAAGUUCAAACUUGAAAAUUCUAAGAGGCUUCUCUAUGGAAAUCUUUUAUGUUUCAGUAAAGACAAAUUUUGUUCUAUUAUUCUUGGAUCAAUAGCUGACAGAAACACAGAAAAGAUCAAGGAUGGUAUAAUUGGCAUAAAGUUUGAGUCAGAUAUUGGUGAAUUAAAGGAUUCUGUAUUCACCAUGGCAGAAUCAAGGUCAUAUUUCGUGGCUUAUAAACAUGUUCUUAGUGCUCUCCAAGAUAUCACAGAGGAUUCAUUCCCACUGGAGUCCUAUAUAGUUCAUGUCCAACCAUAUAUGGAACAUCCAAGUUACUUGUCACAACAUUCAGUGUAUGACCUCCGUGUAUUACGGAGAGCUAAUAUGAUGAAAGAGUCGGAAGCUUACAGUAAACUCUUCCAAACUACUAAGAAAAUUGUAUUAAACCACGAUGAAUACUUGCCGCGACUUCAAGCUGUGAGAGUAAUGGACGAACUUCAACACUGGCCCACUGAAGAUGAUCUAGGUUUAGAUGACUCUCAACGCCGAGCUCUUCACAGUGCUCUUGUUAGAAAACUUGCUAUCAUACAAGGCCCUCCAGGCACUGGCAAGACAUUUGUAGGCCUUAAAAUUACUCAGGUGCUUCUUCACAACAGUCAAGAAUGGAAGAAUGAGAACCAACCAUCACCUAUAUUAGUAGUGUGUUUUACUAACCAUGCUCUUGAUCAGUUUCUGGAGGGAAUGAGUCAAUAUACAGAUAAUAUCGUACGAGUUGGCUCAAGAACCAAAAGUGAGAUUAUUGCUAGAUUCCAAAUAAACCAACUCGCUAAGAAUCUUCGAUCACGGAGAUCAUUUCCAGCUGAAAUACAUAAAAUGAACACCAACUUGCUCUGGCAAGUAAGGGAACAACAAAAAGAGGUUUUAUCUUUGAGAAGAGUUAUUCAGGAACUUUCGUCUCCAAGUGGAAUCUUGGCGCUUGAUGUUUUUUCAUUAGAGGACAUAUUAUCCGUGCAUGUACUUGAGCAGUUUAGAGAAAUGAGCUUAAAAACAUGGCUUUUAGAUACAAAAUUAUGCACAGACGACUUGACACAAGUUACCACUAAGAAAAAAACUACCAACCAGUUAAACAAAAACAGUAAAUCAAAACUAGUUGACGAAGUGUGGCAGGAUGCUGAGGAUCUUUUUGGUGCAGAAGAAAUCGACAGAAUGAUGGAUGACAGAGACCUCCAAGAUGAACUGAGCACAAGUGGUACUGACCGUAAUAUUCUGAGGUAUGAUAUAACAGCCAAAUCACUGGAAAAAGAUAUAGAAGCUUUCGAAAUACGUGAUAAUAUGAGUGCAUUAGAUCUCAAAGUUAAAGAGCUCUUAAAGAACCAUCAAAAUCGGCUAAAACUUGGUUUGGAAACACCCUUAGUAGAUGCAGAAAAAGUGAGAGCUUACGAAAAUACUAAUAUUAGAGCCUUGAACUUUAAAAGACGUUGGGAAUUAUACAAGUUAUGGCUGAGCAGAUUAUCUGAGAAGUUUAACAAAAAGCUGCAAGAAGUUGAGAAUGAAUUUCGCCACGUGACAAAAGCUUGGCGAGAGAUCAGGGAUCAAGAGUAUUUAUAUGUGAUGAGGCACGCUGCAGUGGUGGGGAUGACAACCACUGGCGCUGCUAGUUACUGCCACCUUGUUCAAGCACUCCAGCCACCCGUAGUAAUAAUAGAAGAGGCAGCUGAGAUCUUAGAGGCUCAUGUGAUAACAUCACUGACAGGAAAAUGUCAGCAUCUGAUAAUGAUUGGUAAGUAAAAAAAUAUCUUUAUUAAUUAUUUGAGGUUUGGUGUGGGUGGAU